UUGACAUUUGGCGAGUCAACAUGGCGUCGCUGUGACACAUGAGAGCCCGCAGCUUUCGCGGUUGUCGAGCAACAAGCUUUCGCCCGCUCUCGCGGAGCUGCUCCGCGUGCUCCGGUACGCGCGGACCACCGUGAGAUUUCGCUGAGAUUGUCCACGACGUGUCUUCGGCGACGGCGCGCAAAAGGCGCCGUGGACUCGCGCUCGUUCGACGGAGCGAGAGGGACAGAUAGACAGAGAAAGAGAGAGAGAUAGAGAGGGUCCGCGAUUUCGGUGCGCGCUCCGCGACGGUAGGAAGUGUUUGGCCUCGCGCAACGAGACCUCACGCCUGCGUGCGCUGUGCGGUUAUGUGUGCGAAAUUAUUGUUACGUAAUCGUCACUCGAAAAAUUCCGCGAGAGAACGAGAUGCGGGUGAGCAGAGCGCUCUUUCUCUCCCUCUCUCUUUCGCUGUCGCUCUUCUCCGUUGACGCGAAACGGAGCGAACAAGCGGACCGACAGACGGACAGAUAGGCAGGCGAUCGCGAGAAAGCGUGUACGGUUCGUCUGGUUAUACAGUUAGCUCUCUCGCGCGAUUCACGUGACACUAUUUUGACGUGUGCAGCUUCGCGUACGCGAGGACGGGGGUUCGCUGUUCGUUCUCUCUUUCUCGCUCACACACACCACGUCAUAGCGCGCCACGAUUCUCGUACGGUUCAGCACAGCGUACGGGCGGAUAUGAUUCCGUAUUCGGAUGUAUCGUGUGCGUGAGAGUGAGUGAAUGAGAGAGAAAGAGUGAGAGAGAGAGAGAGAGAGAAAGAAAGCGAGCGAGAGAGAAAGAGAGAGAGAAAGAAAGACGGGGAAAAGGGAGAUUAAGGUUAAGAGGGAUUACAAGGUGCUCACAGAUUUUCUCCGUUUGUACUGUGUCCAAGGUAUGGGACGGUGAGUGCGAGAAGGUACGGUGCUCCGUAGGAAGUCAAUAAAAAAAAAAGUUCAUAGGGGGAAAAAGAGAGAGAGAGAGAGAGAGAGAAAGAGAGAAGCCACAGAGAGGUAGCACGGAUGACAGCAGAAAUAAAAGAUGUUUGAGUCUCCGAGAAGUCUCCAGGAGGUGUGCAUCGACUUCAUCUGCGGUAACGUUCUAGGCUUAUGCGAGGUACAUCUAGGCGAUACGAAUGUGCAUUCCCCCGGCGCUACCGUUUCCGUGAACAAUAAUAGCACAGAAGAAUUCGCUUUUGAUACUACAACAGGUAGAACAUCGUCUAACGAUGCUCCCACCAGCUCCGCGACUCGGCUUACCUUUAGGCAUCCGGACGCCUUCUUGCCGGCCGAAGUGUCCGAGCAAUUAUUAUCCAACCUAUGUGAGAAGAAAACGUUAUCCGACCUGACCAUCACGCUCUUCGACUCCAAGACCACUAGGCUAAGGCACGUACGGCUGAAAGAUGCGUCUACAUUAUCAGCUAAGGGCUUGAGGGUUCUCAAGCAGCAUAAAGUUGUAGAUUUAAUAGUAAAUGGACUUAAAAUUACUGUUAACGAUUUAAUUAGCUGUCUAGGCGAUUGGAGUUUACAAAAUCUUAGGUCGCUAAGCGUAGCUAAAGGAAGCUUUAUGGAUUGUUCAAGGCAUUGCGUGGUAGUAACGUUAAGCAAAUUGAGGGCACUUCAUACCCUGAAUGUCUCAGGAACAGAAUUUAAUAAACAUGGCUUGGACAUAGUAGUCGAAGAUCUUCCCCUUUUAGAGAGCUUAGAUAUAUCUUGUACGAGAGUCGACGAUAUAACACCACUAAGGAAAUGUAAAGAUCGUUUAAAGACAUUAAAUAUGUAUAAUUUAAAGAUAAGCGGUUGCGGUAACCUGAUACCAGUGUUACUGGAGCUGAAUGAAUUAAGGCAUUUAGACAUUUCCGACGAGAAAGACGCACACGCUUUCGAAGUGUUCGCACCCGCUAGGCCAAAAAUAACAGACUUUCUAAGGGCUCUGCAUUGCAUGCCACAUUUGACAACUUUAGACUUAUCGGGUAAAGAUGACAUAAACCCGAAAGAUUUAAAAAAUUUCAUUGCGUCGCACGUGCACCUGAGGUUCCUAGGAUUAGUGCAUUCUGACGCUUGCUACGACGAAAGUUUUAUAGAUCUGACACACGAGGAUUACAGACCCGAGCUUGUUAUCAGUGGUACAGCAACAGAAUCACAAAUUUUGGAAGCCCUUAGAAGGUACACAUACAGACCGAUAUACCUUCAGAAAUGUCUGUUCAAUUUGUUCCGUUUGACACCAAACUUUCUCGAGCCACGAGUCGAUGUGAUAAAAUUAGUGUUACCCGGCAUGAGAGAGCAUCCGCAAGAAUUUCGUGUACAAAUGGCAGCUACCGCAUGUAUUUAUAAUCUAACGAAGGGCGAAUUGGCCCUCAUGAUUCAUCCGUCGAUACUUAAGCAGAUAGUCGAAUUAACAUUGUUGGCGAUGGAAUCAUAUCCGAAUAAUCAUCAACUCCAAAAGAACACUCUGUUGACUUUGUGUAGCGAUCGAAUCCUGCAGGAUGUUGCAUUCGACAAGUAUAGAUGUGCAAGAUUAGUUAUGAACUGCUUGUCGACGUUUGACGACGCGUCCAUGAAUCGAAUGUCCGUGGCGAUCUGCUCGAUACUGGCGGCGAAAAUCUCGACGGUGGAGACGUCCAUGCUGGGCGCACAACCGCAAUACAUGUUGAAGCUGCUCGCGAUGGUCCGUUCCAAAGUCGAGUCCAGGAUAGUGGAUAUCACGAUGAAAUUCACACUGAGCGCCUUGUGGAACCUGACGGACGAGAGUGCCGUUACGUGCAAGGUCUUUCUCGAUGAGGGCGGAAUGGAACUGUUCCUCGAAGUGUUGGACAGCUUCCAGGGAGAGUCGAGCGUAGAGACUAAGGUUCUCGGUCUAUUGAAUAAUAUCGCGGAGGUCGAUCAUUUGAGGCCACGGCUUAUGCAGCCACGAUUCAUCAAGAUGCUUUCAAUGCUGCUCGACUCGGAGCACAUCGAUGUGUCUUAUUUCGCGGCUGGUAUCGCCGCGCAUCUACUGAGCGAUGGUCCUCGGUCUUGGUACAGUAUGCCGUCGCAACCGAGCAGGGAGCAGUUGUUAGACCAACUGGUUCACGCUGUGACCCACUGGCAAACCCCGCAAGGGGAGAUGGUUGCCUAUCGUAGUUUCCAACCAUUCUUCCCGCUGUUACGCUGCGCAGACGCAUAUCCGGUUCAACUCUGGGCGGUGUGGGCGAUUCAUCAUGUAUGCACAAAGAAUCCGAAACGUUAUUGCGUGAUGUUGGUCAGAGAAGGCGGCGUAGAGACGUUAAAGCAACUGGAGAAAACGCAUACGGAGUGCACGACGCAACCGAACUUGCAAAGUCUAUGUCAAUCGAUCCUGGAGACGCUUGAAUUAAAUUCUUAACGAUAGCUGUUGCUUUUCAAUUUGAAAGUUAAAUACCGCAUGGUAUUCUAGUCAAUGUUUAUCUUAAUGCAAUCCUCUAUAUCCUGUUCUUUAGACCAAAUGAAUUUAAAACGAAAAAGAAAGAAUUAUAUAGCCAUGGAUAUUUAUAUCACGGAGACAGACUGCAAUCAAACUGCGACAAAACAAAUAUGUCCAAAAUAUUUUAAUUGCAAUCGAGGGGGAGUUAGUGAAACUCUGGCUAAACUCGCUAGAUCUGAGAAUUGAAGAUCUGAAUUGAGGGAAAUAAGUAUAUAUAAAUAUAUAUUGUACUGUUACAAAUAAGAUUGGUUCCGGAGAGAGAGACGUUUAAAUUACUUAUCAGUAGAUAUACGGAAUAAGCUAAUAGGUAUAUAAUGAGAAUUUAUUACUUUAAAAGUAAAUUACAUAACUCUUAACGAUACGAUGUAGAGAUAUUAAAUUAAGAGACGGAAGAGUGUGAGAGAGUAAAUUUACUUAAAGAGGAAACAAAGAGUAUGCAUGCGCGCUAAUUUAUCUUCGUGAAUAGUUCGUGUUAUUAUUAAUUAACGCUUGCACUAAUGUUUAUGAAAUAUUUUGAAGUCUUAUACGCGGACACAGCGACACGUUACAAACGUUCCAAGGUGUUUCUAUGAUUUAUCUAGCAAAAUACGGAUGCCUCGAAAUACGACUUAUAUUUCAGAUUCUAGUCUAAUUCCUAUCUUAAAUUGUGUAUGAUUGACUUGAGAAUAAUUGUACGUUUAAAUUGUGCGCGGAUGAAUUGACGACACAUGACUCGUAAUUAGUGUAGUCGAGAUAUAAGGACGAAAAUCGAACUAAGUUAUCUUUUUUACGCGGUGCUUGCAAUUAAUGAAAAUUUUGCUAACGAGUAAUUGUAUAGUUGAUUUUGCAUAGCGAUGCAAUUGUAAGAGACAAAAAGAUAUAUAAAUGAUUAAUAUUAUAGAACUGCUGCUGCUAACGGAUAACGACAAUUUACAAAUUAUUUUUAAUGAAUUUUGUUUUCUUAGGAAAAACGAAGUAAAGUUUUAUUUAUCAUUAAAGUUUAAAGUACUACGAGAAAUAUGAUGUAUCAAAUUGUCGACGAAGGAAAAUUGUGGCAGAAUUGGACGUCUCCGUGGAUUCAAAGAGAGCGUAGUCGUGGAACAUCCUACUAAAAUAUUCAACACGUUGACCGCCAUUGUGACUGCCGCGUUUCACCACUGAUUUACGCGAAAACGUAGCUAAUUGCCAAUUAACGAACAAAUCAUAUAGCCAACAGAGAACUAAAAAAACAGUUUGCACGCGUUUUGUUCCGGAUAUCGAAAUGUGAAAAAUGAAAUGUUUUCAAAUUAGAAAAUUUACAUUUUUCAUGAGUUCACGCUAGAGGAGAAGAUUCAUGACUACCUGAGUAUUGAUUAUGAAUCUUCCCUUCUAGCCUGAACUCGUGGAAAGUGUAAAUUUUCUAAUUAGAAAACAAUUCACUUUUCACGUUUCCGCCCUAGGAGGAAAAUUACUUGAUCGAUAUCUUGAUGAUGAAGUUGGGAGCGCGUCAAAUUGUUACGAUUGCGGGUCACCGCUUACUACAUGCAAUUUUUAUAUGGUAAUCGGUUGUGACAGAAGUCGAAUGACAAUACAGGACAGUUACAACAGUUUUUUUCUUAUAUACUUUAGAACACACAAAAAAUACGACAAAGCGAUCCUAUUCAUUCACGAACAUGCACAAUAGAUGAUCAGACAGCUAUUAAAAUUAGAUUAUGUAUAUGUCAAAAUUACAUGUAUAUGACAAAUUACAUGUAUAUGUAAUUUUGACAGUUGUCUGACCACCUACUGCGCAUGUUCGUAAAUCAUAGGUUCACUUUGCCGUAUUUUUUGUGUUCCGAAAUAUGUAAAAAAAAAAACUUGCAACCGUCCUGUGACCGACUGUGUACAUUGUAUAAAUAUAGUAUUAUAUUCUUACCUGAUAGAUGAUAGAACUUUGGCUAACUCCGUUAACUUGGGCAUUUAGUUAAGUUCUGGAACGAAAUCCACAUGGAAAUUAGCAUGGCAGUCAACGUGUUGACGUACAGUUUGGAACCUUAGACUGAAGUCUUCAAUAAUAUAUAUAAAUAUGUACAUAUAUAUACUUUUCUGAAAGGUUACGCUAAUCUUUGCUUUAUUACGAUCCAGCGCCUCCCGCGAGGCGACGGUAUAUGUGUACAUGCGCGACGAAGUGUUACAAAGUAAUUAUUAUUAUUUUGUUGAAUGUGUGUCAUACUUUUUAACGCUUCAAAUUCAGAUCUUCAAUCUAUUUUGUUAACGAUUACAUUUCACGAAGUCUUCAUUACUAAAUAUUGAUAAAAAAAGGAGAAAAAACGUCUUAAACAUUGAUUGCGCAUUAUAUGCCUUCAGAGAUUAUACAAAGGAGAAGAGAAAAAAGAAGAAAUCAGAGAGUUUGUAAUAAGAGAAAUACAUUUUAAUAUUUAGAUUAUAUCUGUUAUUAAAAUAUGAUGAAUUUAUAUAAACGAAAUUUAUUCUUCUGAUAUCAUUACAUGUUGAUCUAAAAUGUAAAAAAAAAAUGAAAGCGUCAAUUUGGACUGAAUGUUAAUAAACUAUGCCAGCCUCUAUGAGUUGUGCAAUCUUUGAA